UAUAUUUUAAAUAUUCAUUUUCGUAAGUAUAAUGCUUCUUACGAAUUCUUAAAAUUGAGGUUUAGUGUUACAAAGGAGAAGAAAGUUUACAGGAUUAUGUUAUAGAUAUUGAAACGAAUUCUUUGUACAAUAAUUGUAGAGAACACAAUUUUGGAGUAAAACCAAUGUUCUUAGAAGAAAGGAACUACUAUUUAUAAAAUGUAAGAAAAGUCUGUAGGCCAUCUAUCGGCCACUGAAAGAAGAAAAAUCUUUCAAAUGUAUAUACCACUUGGCCUGAUAAUACUCUUACUUUUAGCUAUAGUUUUUAUAAAAUCUGAGAAAUCAAAAUAUUUGUGGUAAAAUAUUCGAUGAAAAUUGAAAAUUUUUAUCUGAAUUAGUAAAAAAGAAAAAAUUGCACCCUAAACGUAUCAAGUCAUGAUAAAGUGAUAUUUUCUUAGUAUAAUACAAUUUAUACGUUUACAUAGAAUUCUUAUACUGGUCAAAAUCAAGUUGACUUGAUACCUAAGUUCAAAUAUUACAAUGUUGACUUUUUAAAAGCUUUCUGAUUGUAAAAUAACGAAAUUUAAAGGUUAAUUUACGAUCUGGAUUGAUCUUCAAGUAAAUAUACUUUGUAUAUAAAAAGAGACUAUGAUAAAAUGGACCAUAUGUUACCAGGGAUAGAAUGUUUUCCGCUAAAGAAUUCGUGCCCUGUUGCUUAAACUAUUAAACAAAUAUAGUAUAUCUAUUUUAGGGAAAACUUAGUUUCGUCAAAAUUUCAAUGUUUACUUAUCGUUAUCGGUUGUUAUGUAUUGAUAAACAGCAGAUCAAUAUCAGAGAUUUUCAAUAUCGAUUUUGGCAUUCUCGAUACUUGUAGUAGUGUAUGCUUUAAGGAAAUUAACCUUGUCCACUUAGGUUAUGAAGGAGUGUAUGAUCAGAGAUUAAAUCAGGAUUAAUACUACCACCCAUAAUAGGGGAGAUUAGUCGAAGAAGUAAUAUUUUGAUAGUCUUUAGGAGCUAGUAGCUAUGAGUAAAUCGCUAAACUCCUCGGAUAUAGUUGACUUCGAUGGACUAUGCCAGAUUUGUCGGCUAAAGAACAAAAGAAAGUCUGCUCCAAUGUAUUGUUCAGACUGUUCAAUGCCUCUCUGCAAAAUAUGCAGCGAUCAACAUCGAACGACCAAAGUAACAGCUGAUCACUAUGUUGUACCGAAAUCAGAAAAGAAAGUAGAACAAAAUUGUUCCAAACACGAUUUCGCUGAAGUUCGAUACUUUUGUGAGAAGUGUUCUCAAUUGAUUUGCGUCAAUUGUACAAUGAUUGAGCACAAGAACCAUGAUAUUGUCGAUUUAAAUGAAAAAAUUGCUGAAUGUGAAGCUGCCCUUCGUAAAGUUAUGGCAAAAAUUUCAAGAAUAUCAGCCACGCUAUCCGAAGAAUUAGAAUGGUUACAGAAGAUAGAAAUAAAUAUAGAAGAGAUAAGGGAAGAGAAGAAGAUAGCUUUGAAUGCUCACGUUAUUCAACUACAGCAAACAAUUAGAUCUCAACACGAGAAACUUGAACAAGACUUAGAUUCUUUCUUAGAUUCUAAGCUAGAAAAAGUCAGUGAUAGGAAAAAAGUUGUUAAAACAAAAUGGCAGGAGUUGAAAAAAGUCCAAGAUUUCGCAAGUCGUAAAGGAAACGAUAAGUUAUCCCAAGAGAAGUUUAUAGCUACAGCCUUACGUGUCUCCCAGCAGGCUGAAAUCUUUCAAAGUCCCAAAGCUUUGGAUAGAAAAGAGUUCAGUGGCCCGUCUAUUAUAUUUUUGAACAAUCAAACUUUAGGUAAAGUAGAAAAUAAUCCUAAAAUGAACUUACUGCCGACUAUUAAUCAAGAUGCUAAGCCGAAUAAAUUAGAUUCUAUAAAGAGAUCCUCGAAAGUUCCUAUUGUUAAGGCCGCGCCUAAAACCACUCCGAGAAAAAGAAAAAAGGUAUACGAGGGAUUAAAAAAAUCUGAAGAUAUUGAUUCAGGUAUACCACUCCCGAGAGAAAUAUCCUCUCGAAGGGAAAUAUCUCUACCCCCAGCAAGAAGCAUAUCAACAAUAUCCCUACAAAGCUUUCCUAAGCCGGAAAUAGCCCAAAGGGUUCCUCCCCAGACUGCGAGAAUAGUAUCAAAAUUUAAAACUACCAGUUAUAUUAAAGAACCUUGUGGUUUAGCAUUUUUAUCCAAUGGAAAGAUAGUUAUUGCAGAUGCUGAGAAUUCCGGCUUGUGGAUUUGUGACAGGUCUGGAAAAUUUCAGCAAAGAGUUCUGUCAACCGAAAUCAACUACCCAGUUGGUAUUUUAGUUAAUGAAUCAGGUAAUAUAGCUGUAGCUAUUGAAAAUUCUUUGAAAAUAUAUUCUCCUCAAUCAUGGAAUUGUUUGAGUCAUUUUCCUAUUGGAUCGGGCAUACGUGGAUUAUCGAUAGACAUCAAUGGAUGUUAUGUGGUAACUGAAGGUCAUGCGCUAUGUGUGUACGAUGAAUCUGGAAGCAAAUUACGAAAUUUUCCUUUAGGAAGUUUACCAGAGUUUUUUAAUUUAGCUGUUGGAGGUAAGCUAUAGAUUUGUUAUUUUUAGCUAAAAGAAUAGGCCAUUAGUUUAAAGCAUAAUAAAAUACUUCGUGACUUGAAUGUUCUAAGUAUAUAAUAUUGUACGCUCUGCUAAGGCUGAUCUCCUCUUUAUUAAUAAUAAUACUGUGUAUCCAAUGCCUUAGGAGUAAGUGUUUAAUACUAUAAUAUUUCCUACUCUUAUAUAUUUAUUAUUUGUGCAUGCUAAGCAAGCACUAUGGAUGUAGAUGUGUCCACUGGAAAGGUAGUAAUAUCGGAUUGACUUUUGAACCCAGAAAUGGUGAUAGACAAUUAAGGAUCUACUCCUAUGACGGCGAUAUGCUGAAAACUACAAGAUUACCUGCCUCAGCCAAAGGACUUUUUAUGGAUAAAUUCGGAAAUGCCUUAAUAGCCUCCACUGGGAGUUUCUACAGUCUGCAAUCUUCAACACAAACUAUUUCACAAAUUAUACCCGUAGAUAAAAGUGGGGCAGCCUUCAGAUUACAUGCUCACUCUCUAUCUAAAACCCCUUCUGGACAGCUUAUCACUGUUCAUGUCUCUCCUUAUACAAAAAGAUCUGAAGUGGUAACCAUGGAAUUGGAACGAUAAAUAUUGUUUAUUGCGAUAAUAAUAUUUGCUUUUUGUGAAGAAAAAGCUUUCGAUUCAAAUCAAAGCAUCUGGCAAUGUUCAUUUCUAUAUCUAUCUUUUAGUGUUGACAUAUAAUAUAAACACAAUUUCUCUUUCUCU